AUGGCGGAUAAAAAGUAACUCUAGUGGGAAUAAAACUAAACAAACGUAUUAAAUUAAAUUUAUAUAAGUAUAAUCUUUCCUGUUAUUAAUUCAGUUCGUAUUGCAUCGCGCGUAUUCUUUUUAAUUGUUUUAACACGCCUUUUUUUUCGCAUUAAGUUUCAAAAAUUAAGGUUAUUGGCGCGUCAUUGGAUCUGUGUUUGUAAACGUUAUUAAACAAGGAGAUAAGUGUUUAAGUAACAAAAUAAAUACAAUUCAUGCAACUUUAUGGCAGAUUACGAUUUACAUAUAAUCAAGGAAAUGACUGAUCGUAAUUCUAUGAAUUCCACGAUAAGUGUUGUGGAUAUCGAUGAGGAGGUGAUAGAAUUGGAUACGAGCCAAGACGAUAUUAUAAUCGUUCACAAUAAUGGCGAAAGUAAGGAUGACAUCGAGGCGAGAGAGAGCAAUCUCUCAACGUGCGACGUUAUCGGCGAUUGUAAGUUUAUUGAGAAAGAGCCGAACGUCAAUGAAAACUCUGAACUUUAUCAACACGUAGAAUCAUCAAACAAUUCCAAACCUAUGUUUAAGGUUAUUUUUCAAAAUGAAAAUGUAGCUCGGCAAUAUGAAAAAGAGAUAAGACAAUUCUUACAGGAUUUGGUUUUGAAAACGUCUAAACGAAUAACAGACAGUAAUUUCUCUGAUAUAAUUUUAGAAAUUUGGGAUAAAACAGAGAACUACGAUCAACAAGUACUAGAUGCAAAUACUGAAGGUGAAGAUAACGAAGAUACAUUACCUCUCUUUACUAUUGAUACACAACCUACCCUUAAAAGUAACAUAGAUGUCCCGACAUAUGGAAAGAAAUAUAAAGAUGUUUUUGAUGAAAAUAAAGACAAAGAAUUAGAUUCCGAGGAAAACGACUUGUGUAUUCGAAAAAUUUCAUGUUUCAAUUGUUUAGGAAAUCAUAAUUUACGAGAUUGUAAACUGCCUUGGAACAAAAUUAACAUAAAUAAAAAUCGGAAAGAGCUUAAUAUUAAAGGCAAUUCUAAAGCUGUUAGGUAUCACUUACAUGACGAUCAAAGAUUUGCUCAGAUAAUUCCUGGUCAAAUUAGUAAAGAUUUACGUGUUGCAUUGGGCCUCAAAGAUUAUGAAUUACCUAUGCACAUUUACAGAAUGAGGGUACUUGGUUAUCCUCCUGGAUGGUUAGAAGAGGCACGUUUAGAACAUUCAGGAUUAUCUCUAUUCAAUUCGGAUGGAAUAGCAGAAUUGGAUCCUAAUGAUGAACCAGGAGAAAUUGUAACAGAAGAAGAUAGAGUUCAAUAUGAUAUCAAAAAGAUUUUGGACUAUCCUGGGUUUAACGUCCCACCUCCGCCGGGUACUCAUGAUGAUCAUAAGCAGUUUUGGACUCCUGAAAUGCAAAGUAUUCAUAGUAAAAAGAAUAUGUUAUUCCAUCUGAAUGGGAAGAAAGCAGCAGAAGGAUAUAAAAGAAAAAAAUUAAAAUUAAAUACAUCUUUAAUGAACAGUGCACCUACAGUACCUAGUGAUAUGGAAAUAGAAGAUUUUAGUGGUGUAGAAGGUACAGUAGAAUCGGUACCUAUUAAUGGACAUUUCGUACCACCUUUACCAAAAGAUAUACCUAUUAAACCACCAGAACCUCCGUCCUCAUUAUCAACAUCGGAGCAAUGUUUAUUUGAUUGUCAUUCGCAAGAUUCAGCUGAUGGAAGUGCAUCACCAUUAUCUAGGACAAAUUCUCCAUCAUUAUCAGAUCUGGAAAGCAUAAAAAAACGAUUACUUGUAGAACUUGAAGAUUCUAGCUCGCAAUCUAAUCUUGAACUGUCUAUGAAAUGCAGUUCUUUAAAUUCUAAUAUGAAAUCUGAAAUACUUUCACCUUCCAAUGAACACACACCCCAAUCUAAUCGUUCUCAAAAUGUGCAUAAUAUGUUGAAUACUAUUCAGGGAAGUAUAAAAUCAGUGGACUUUGGUACGCCCAUAUUACAAAGUACUUCUCCUUAUAGUAAGUUACCAUCUUCAGAAAAAUUUUCAAAAAAUAUUUGUGAUGUCAUCAACUUUGAAAACUUACCAGAUUCUACUGGUAAGUAUGAACAAAUGACAGGAGUUUUGCAAAAAGUACGAAGUACUUUAGCAAAAUUGCAUGAAGAUUCAUGAAAAUUAUUUAUCUGUUAGAUAUUUUCAUUAGGUUUGAAAUGCAUACUGAAAUGCUGAUUGAAAUAAUUGCAAUACUAAUAUAAUUUAUUACGUACAGAGUUUGUAUGUAAAUAUUGUGAUAUAAAUAAUAUCAUGCAUAAUAACGCAUAAUAAUGUAUUAUACACUACAAUUUGGAAAAUAUUUAAUUGUGAAAGAUAUAGAAUUUCUUAUCUAAAUUCUGUAAAGUUUACAAAAAAUACUGUUAAAAGUAAGAAAAAAACCUGCUAGAACCUGUAGAAUAACUAACUGAUAAGUCUCUUUAUAAUUUAAACAUAGAAAGUUAUACCAUAUGUUUCAUGUGAUUUGAAAACUAAGAAACAUAAAUGAUAUCAUUUGCAUUAUUUUUUGCUCGUAUUCAGAAUUCUAUAAAAGAAAUUCUUUAUUUAAUAUCUAAAAUAUUUUGCAUAAUUCAAGGUCAAUUUGAGAAAUCUACAUUUAUUUUACAUGAAAUUAAUACUACUCUUAAAAGUACAAAAAUAUGAUAAUCUGAAUAUUUUGAUUUAUAUUUAUGUCAAAAUACUUUAUGAAAUCACGACAACAAAUUAUAAUUUCAUUGAUAACAGCAUUUCAAAAAUUAUUCAUCUUUUGCAUUUUUUAAAUUAUUCAUCUUUGCUUCUUGUAAAAAUGAAUCCCUAUGCAUUUUAAAAAAUUGUAGAAUUGUACAUACAGGAUGUCAGAUGAAAUAACUGCCAAACAAUAUAGCAAAAAGAAUAUGAAGAUUUUUUUAUCAUCUUCGUAUUGAAACGUCAUUUGAAAAUGAUAAACAAUUUGACAAAAAAUUAUAACAAAAGAAAAAAUAACAUGUUUUGUUAAUCUUAUUUUCUAGAUAUAACAAAAUAUAAAAUUCUUGAUAAGUCUUCCAACAUUUAAAAUGUUCGCAAUUUUAAACUAGAAAAAUUAAAUUGUGAACUAGCUACAUUUUCAAAUUAACUCAUUUAAUUGAUUGGAGAAUAGUCUGAUUACUCUAAUGAAAAAAAUUAUUUGGUAUUUUUAUUAUUACAAUAUUGAAAUUGAAUACAUGUGUGAACAUUCGAAAAUAUUUUUAAAUUAAAUAUUUAAGAAUAAAGAAAAAUAUUUUUGGUACUUUCAUUAAGUAUUAUAAAAAAAAAGGAGGUCAUAGAAAACUCCUCUUGCUAAAGUAAUUAUACUCUUUACUAUAGUUUGGCCACUAUUUCGGCUGACACUUGUUUCAAGACAGCCUACGUACUUCUUCUUGUAUGAAAUAUAAUAAUAUAAAAAAAUAAACUUGUAAAUAUCUAAGUACUCAUUAUUGAAUCUUCUUUAUAUUUCUAUAGAGAUAUGAAAACGUUAAAUGAAGUAAUUUUAUUUUCAUUGUGCAUUUUAAUAAUAAGUAAUUAAAUAUGAAAAAUGACUUUAUGUUGAUAUCAUCAACAAUAUGGAAUAAGCAAUAUUAAUGAACUUAUACAUUCUUCUAUCUUCUCAUAUAUGUAAACUUUUAUUAAAUUAAGGAAGAAAAAUGUAUUUAUUAAAAUAUGUUCAGUCAUCGUACAUUUUUACAUUUGCCAUAUAAUUGGAAUGGAAAGAAUAAUUUGCAUAAUAAAAUUUUCAUGACAAAAUAAUUCUCUUAUACUAAUUAUAAAUACGCCAUACCCAUUGCUAUACAAUUGCGUUAUACAAUAUUUAAACAUUGAGAUUUCUUAUAUUUAUCAUGAUUAGUGCUAGUAUUUUACAUAACUUCUAUACACAUUGUAAUACCCCAUAUGCGCCAUAACAUAUAUGUAUAACAAAUGCGUCACUGUAGAAGAUGGUAAAAUAACUAAUUAAUUAAUUAGAAUAAAAUACCGAUUUGGUGCCGUGUGAACGAGCUGUUAGUAGGAAGAAAUGGAAAAGAAAGAAUGG